CCACAUUCUGCACUUCCGGUUGGAGUUCUCCUGCUGCCUUACAAGAUGACCACGCUGAGAGCGUUCACCUGCGACGAUCUCUUCAGAUUCAACAACAUAAAUUUGGAUCCUCUCACAGAGACUUAUGGGAUCCCUUUUUACCUUCAAUAUUUGGCUCACUGGCCAGAAUAUUUCAUUGUUGCAGAGGCUCCUGGAGGGGAACUUAUGGGUUACAUAAUGGGGAAAGCGGAGGGGUCAGUUGCCCGGGAGGAAUGGCAUGGACAUGUGACAGCUCUCUCAGUAGCGCCUGAGUUCCGACGCCUCGGUUUAGCUGCCAAGUUAAUGGAGCUUCUGGAAGAGAUUUCAGAAAGAAAAGGAGGAUUCUUUGUCGAUCUGUUUGUAAGAGUGUCCAAUCAGGUAGCAGUAAACAUGUAUAAGCAGCUUGGUUACAGUGUAUACAGGACUGUGAUAGAGUACUACUCGGCCAGCAAUGGAGAGCCAGAUGAGGAUGCCUAUGACAUGAGGAAGGCAUUAUCAAGAGACACAGAGAAGAAAUCCAUCGUCCCUCUCCAGCACCCGGUCCGGCCUGAAGAUAUUGAAUAACCCUAGCUGUGGUUCUUGGGCAAAAGGAUGAUAAAUGCAUUGUAUUUACCUAUGCAAAAUGAAAGUGACUGACUGAAAAAAAGUGAACAUGUCCUGCAAUUAGAAUAUAAAAAAAUAGCUUUUCAUACCCGACACCUAAAAUUUAUUUUUAUUCUCUGGUAUACAGAAAGGGUGAUCAAAACUCUAAAAAGCACAUUCUAAAUAGACCAAUAAUUGUUGGUUUUU